AGGCUUCAGGAAAUGGACAAUGCCAGACACGUUCGUCUAAGCAAAAUUCGAGGCCGAUACCCUCAUGUAUUCGAGGCACAUAAAUACUGUAAAGAAAACCCUGAUAAGUUCAUCGGUAGAAUUCAUGGCCCUGUAGUACUUUCAAUCAAUGUGAAAGAUGCUCGUUAUGCAUCUAUGGUUGAACAAGUUUUGGGUGGUUCCGCAAGUAGUCAUCUUCGAUAUUUUAUUGUUGAAAACGAGCAAGAUUAUCGAACAUUUUCACGUAUCCUUGUUGAUGAAAAAAAGUUGAAAGUUAACGUUGCCUGGCCAAGUGUUGGUAAUGAAGUCUUGAGGACACCCACCUCCGCGGCUGAGUUGAAGAGCAGAUAUGGAAUGGAUUAUUACGCAAGUGAUAUACUAGAGGGUGAUCCACAUGUUAUGCGUUACCUUGCUCAGGAAGCACGCAUCAGCAAGAUCCCACUCGCACUUAGCCAUUCAAGCGAAGAAAAUAUUUCAAAUUCCGGAAUAUUUCAAAAGUUUUGUGUUGGACAAACAUACUAUAACGUCAAAACAGCAGAGUACGGUAAAAGAAAUAAGCAGACAUCCACCACACCUAUUCGAACUGCUGAGUAUCUCGGUGAAGCAGUUGAUAAUGAAGCUAAAAAUCAGUUAAUGGAAGAAUAUCGUACGAUGGAAGGCAAUCUUCAACAAGCCGAUGUCAUGAUCAAGGAAUACAAUUUAGAGCAUGACCAAAUCAAGCAGAAAGUCCAAGAAUAUAAACAUCAAAAAGAAGAUUUAAUUUCACAAAAGAGAGAUGUCCAACUCGCUGCACAGGCCUACAACAUGAAGCUUGGCAAAUUGGAAGAGUUGAAAAAACAACUGGAGCUUCUUAAACAAAGACCUGCUGUUCUUCAAGAAAGAAUUCAUAAAUUGAAAGAAGAUGUUGUGACCCAAAAGUCGGCGGAGGAGCGUUUUGUAAAAAAAUAUGCCCAAACUCUGCAAAAAUAUGUGGAUUGCUAUGAGAUGCGCAAUAUUUAUAAGUUACAAGAAAUUCAUGCCAAUGAAAAGUUUAAAGCCAUUCGUAACUACGCUACCGAACAAGAUAAAGUAUUGCAUGACGCGGAAAAUAAUUUAGCAGCAGCCAAACGAAGUUACCAGUCUGCCCAAAGACAAGCACAGGUCUACAAAAAAGAAUGUGAAGAGGCUGGCAACAACCUUGCGGAGGAGCUUCAUACUCUGUUCCAAGAAAUCUUGAGAAAAUGGAAGGAAGAGGGCACUGAGGAAUCUUUGGAAACGCUCGAAGAAAAGAUCGCGGAAGAAAAAGGAAGAGCAGAGGGUAUUCGUUUUGCCAACCCUGAUGCAAUGUUGCAUUACGAAGAAAGAAAGGUUGAAAUCGAUCGUUUACAACAAAAGAUUGACUCUCUCGAUGGAGAUAUAGAAGAAUGCAAAAGACAGAUUGCUACAGUGAAAGCUCUUUGGGAACCUCGCAUUGAUGCCCUUGUUCAACGAAUCAGUGUCAAAUUUUCUGAAGCUUUCGAACGUAUUCGAUGCUCUGGAGAAGUUGCUGUAGACAAACACGAAGAUUUCGAUAAAUGGGGUAUUAACAUUUGGGUUAAGUUCAGAGAUACUGAAAAAUUGCAACUCUUAACCGGCCAACGUCAAUCUGGUGGUGAAAGAUCUGUCUCAACCGUGCUUUAUUUGAUGGCACUUCAAAACCUUGCAAAGUCGCCUUUCAGAGUUGUGGAUGAGAUCAAUCAAGGUAUGGAUCCCAGAAACGAACGUAUGAUCCACGAACAAAUCGUAAAGGGUGCAAGUGCACCUGGUACAUCACAAUACUUUCUUAUUACACCUAAACUUUUACCAAACUUGUUUUAUAAUGAGCGCAUGCGUGUAUUAUGUAUUUAUAACAGUGAAUGGUUACCGGCAAAAAUCAAGCCUCUCUCCUCUUAUUUGGAACAUGCACAUGCGAAUGGAAUUAGUUAA